UAAAGUGACAGCCGAAAAACAUUUUCGAUCUGGCUUCAACAAAGUAGCAAGCAAAAUUUAGGGGGAAAAAAUAAUCAAAAUUCGAAAUUAUGGUUAAGGUUGUGGAGGAUAUUUUCGGGAUCGCGACGAAUCCUUUUACAAAACAAGCACAUGUUGUGCGUCGUUACACGAUCACCAACACGAAUCGCCUGUCGGUGUCCAUCAUCCAGCUGGGAGCCACGAUCCAGAGGAUUCACGCCCCCGAUGCCUAUCACCAGUUGUCGGACGUGGUCCUCGGAUUCGAUGAUAUAGCCGGUUAUGUUAAGUACAGGAGCUACAAGUUCGGAUGCACUUUGGGCAGGGUGACGGAUGUGGUGGGCAACGGGGAGUUCAUCAUGGACGAACGGCGGGUGAUUGUGUCCAAGAAUCUGGGCCAGAGGCACCAGAUCAACGGUGGCUUCAUUGGUUUCGAUCAGGUCAUCUGGGAUCUGUAUAUGAAGCGACCGGAUGGCGUGACAUUGCGUCACGUUUCGAAGGAUGGACACGAGGGAUAUCCCGGCACCUUGACCGUACUGAUUCACUUCACCAUCGACGAGGACAAUCGGUUCUUUAUCCGAAUCGAAGCGAAUACCAAUCAGACCACCCCCGUGAAUAUAUCCAAUAAUAUCUUCUUUAAUUUGGCUGGCCAAUCCACUGGAAUCACGGGUAUUUUCGAUCAUCGCAUCAACAUCGAAGCGCCGGAAACAAUGGAUACUUCUGGCAGCGAUGGACUGCCAACGGGUCGAUUCAAAAGCGUUAAUGAUUCCGUCUACGAUAUCCGAUUGCCCGUCUUCAUGGGCGAUCGAGUGCGUCAGUUUGCGAGGAGUCCAGUGAAGGGAUACGACAUUUGCUAUGCCCUCGACAAGGAAUUCGAUUCGAAUAUAACUCGAUAUGUGGGCAGGUUUCUGCAUCCCGAAUCGGGCAGAUUCAUGGAGAUCUCUAGCAAUCAGCCGUGUGUUAAGUUCGCCACUGCCAACGAUUUUCCCCAGGAACCUCUUGGCGAGGAACCGAUUUUGGGGAAGAAGUGCACUCGAUAUUGGCAGCAUUGUGGCUUUAGUUUGCAGCUACUGAACUAUCCGGAUGCCGUCAAUCAACCGGACUUUCCGCGGAUCUUCAUUAACCCGGGAGAGCACUACUUUCACGAGACCAUCUAUCAUUUUGGUGUUCAGGAAUCGUGGAAAUGUUGCGCCGAUCCCGAGGAACUCGAGGCUUUGGGUGAAGAACCACUCAAGAAACCGUUUUAAGAAAGGAUCUUUUUGUCGUUUUUGGUAUCGAUUUGAAUAAAACAAAACAUUUGUUAAGUAAAGCAACAAGUAAUUCAAAGUAUGUAGAUGAUAACUUAACCACCGCACACAACUGUAAACCAUUCAUUUUUAUUCCUGUAAAAUAUAUUUCAAGAGAACAAGGUU